CUGUGAGCACAGACGACUGGUGUUGAGUUGUUGGGGAGCACCUUUAACAACCCAAUCCCUCUCACACCGGCCGAGACCGACUGCUAACCAGCACCGACCAGAGUGGAACUUUCUACAAACGUCAGGGACGGAGACCUUUGCUCUUUAUCCAGGAUUUUGGAAAGGCCCGUCCGGACCAUCCGAGGAUUUGAAGCUGCCCACAGACUCAUAAGGAAACUAAAAGCUCCUUAGGCCAAGAUGGACUCUGGGCAAAAUGGCCACACAGAAGUCCACGGACCUGUGGCUGGCAUAUUGCUGGAGAAAACAAACGAGAAGAUUACCAUAUAUCAAGCCAUGAAGAAACGUCUUCUUAAGCCAGGAACAGCAUUAGCCCUGCUCGAAGCACAAGCUGCCACGGUGGGCAUCGUAGACCCAAUAAACAAUCGAAUAUUUCCCGUUAUAGAUGCUGUUAAGGAGGGAAUAGUUGGACCGGAGAUGAGAGAGAAACUCCUCACAGCAGAGAAAGCUGUCAGUGGCUAUGUAGACCCCUACACCAACCAAAUGAUAUCUGUAUUCCAAGCCAUGCAAAAAGAUAUGGUCCCAAGAGAUUAUGGAUUGAGGCUGCUGGAAGCACAGAUCGCCACACAAGGCCUGUUUGAUCCGGUUGAGAAGUCAAAUAUUUCAGUUGAGUCUGCGAUUCAAAAGGGCUACUUUGAAAAAGGUUUGCUCAAUAACAAGAUGUCAGAGCUCAAAGUGUUCUACAACCCAAGCUUACAAGAAAAUCUUAACUACCAAAAACUACUAGAGAAAUGCACUGUGGAGCCUGACACAGGCCUUGUGCUACUUCCAGUUUGCAUCACCUUCAAAGGUCUGCGAAGAGGUAUCUCCUCCACUGAACUCCUUGAGUCAAAGAUCAUUGACAAAGAAACAUAUGAUGACCUACAGAAGGGAAAGACCACAACACAGGAUGUGAUGUUGAUGGAAACAGUGAAAGAGUACCUGCAAGGCAAAAGCUGUAUCGCAGGCGUUGUUGUACUCUCAUCCAAUCAGAGAAUGAGCAUUUAUCAAGCCAUGAAAAAAAGAGUACUGAUGCCUGGAACAGCACUAAUUCUACUGGAGGCACAGGCAUCGACUGGAUUCAUGAUUGAUCCUGUAGAAAAUGAAAAGUUCACUGUGGAUGAGGCCAUCAAAAACAAUCUUGUUGGCCCAGAAUAUCAUGCAAAGCUGCGUUCUGCUGAGCGAGCAGUAACUGGAUACAAAGACCCAUACUCAGGUGAAACUAUAUCCCUGUUUCAAGCACUGUCAAAAGACCUCAUAGUUAAGGAACAUGGGAUCCGCCUAAUUGAGGCGCAAAUUGCUACAGGUGGAAUAAUAGACCCGAUCAACAGUCACAGGCUACCAACAGAAGUGGCCUUUAAGAGAGGCUAUUUCGAUGAAGAAAUGAACGCCAUACUGGAUGACCCAGGGGAUGACACAAAGGGUUUUUUUGACCCAAACACAGAAGAUAAUCUAACUUAUCUUGAGCUGAUGCAAAGGUGCGUCACUGAUCCCAUCACUGGACUGUGCCUCCUCCCACUCCAUGGUAAGUCAGAUGGGCUGAAUUUCAACUUCAUCGACUAUCAAACGAAAUUGGCCUUCAAAAAGGAGAAGGUGAACGUGACAUGUGGGAAGUACAUGGGAAUGACAGUAUCUUUGUGGGAACUCCUGAUGUCAGACUACUUUGAUGAACACCAGAGACGAGACAUCAUUCAAAAGUACAGAGAGGGGAAGCUCAAUAUCAAGACGAUCAUCACAAUGAUUCUGGAAGUCAUAGAAAAGUCUGUGAAAACAACUGCCGUCUUUGAAGGCAUCAGAGAAACUGUCACAGCCAAACAGCUUGUGGACGCAGAUAUCAUCAGUGAGAAGAUUAUGGACGAUCUGGAUAAAGGAAAAAUGUCAGUGAAGGACGUGAUAGCAGACGAAAAUGUAAAUAUGUACCUACAGGGGAAAGGCAGCAUUGCAGGCAUUUUGCUUCCUGAUUCUCGGGUCAUGAACAUCUACCAGGCCAAACAAAAAGGAAAGCUGAUGCCAGGAACAGCUCUGAUUCUACUGGAGGCACAGGCAGCAACAGGGUUCGUAAUUGACCCUAUUGGAAACAGGAAGUUUUCAGUGGAUGAUGCUAUCAAAGCAAAGAUUGUGGGGGCCGAUGUGUGUCAAAAGUUGCGCUCAGCGGAGAGAGCGGUCACUGGUUACAAAAAUCCAUAUGAUGGGAAGAUAAUCUCUUUGUUCCAAGCCAUGCAAAAAGACCUCAUCGUAAAAGACCAUGGAAUUCGACUCCUGGAGGCACAAAUUGCCACCGGUGGGAUCAUUGACCCAGUGAACAGCCAUCGUAUUCCUGUCCAUGUGGCCUACAAGAGGGAAUACUUUAAUGAGGAAAUGAACGAGAUCCUGAGUGAUCCAAGUGAUGACACCAAAGGAUUCUUUGAUCCCAACACCCAUGAGAACCUGACAUACUUGCAGCUCAUGGACAGAUGUGUCACAGAUCCCAGUACAGGCCUGUGCCUCUUGCCACUCAAAAGCAAAAGUAGCAGAAUUAACAUAGAUGAUAAUAUGAGGGAAACGUUCAAAACAACAACAGUUACUGUGAAGUAUGGCAGGUUCCAGGGCAAGAACACAACACUGUGGGAUCUUAUCAAUUCAGAGUAUGUGACGGAGGACAAAAGACAGGAGUUUUUCAAGCUCUUCAAGUCAAGGAAAAUCACAAUUGAGCACCUCAUUAUCACCGUUGUAGAGAUCAUCGAAAGUAAGGAGAUAAAACGGCAAGCAGGGCUGAACUUUGAAGGUCUCAGAGGAGAGGUCUCUGUUGUGGAUCUUUUGAAGGUUGGAAUUGUGGAUGAAAAAACAUACAGCAGUUUGAUCGAUGGAAAGAUUACAAGCACUGAUGUGAUGAAAAUGGACAGUGUGAGAGCCUACCUACAAGGAAAAGGUUGCGUAGCUGGGGUGAUACUGCAACCCUCCAAUCGGAAACUAAGCAUCUAUGAGGCCCAGAGAAUUGGCAUCCUCACACCUGGCACUUCCCUCUGCCUCCUUGAAGCACAAGCGGCCACAGGGUUCAUUGUUGAUCCUCUGAAAAACAAAAAACUCACAGUGAAAGAAGCUCUCAGAGAAAAGGUGAUUGGUCCACAUAUGCUUGAAAAGCUUUUGUCUGCAGAGAGGGCGGUCACUGGUUACAGAGAUCCAUACACUGGUCAAAAGAUCUCACUUUUCCAAGCCUUGGAAAAGGAUCUAAUAGUCAAGCAGCAUGGCAUGCGUUUACUUGAGGCCCAGAUUGCUACAGGUGGCAUCAUUGAUCCUUUGAAGUGUCUUCACUUGCCUCUUGAGGCUGCAUACAGGGAAGGAUAUUUUGAUGCAGAACUUAAUCAGAUCCUAUCAGACCCAACUGAUGACACAAAGGGCUUUUUUGACCCAAAGACACAACACAAUCUGACAUACAUGGAGAUGUUGGGUAGAUGUAUAAAAGAUACAGAAACAGGACUGUUUCUUCUGCCACUGAAUGACAAAUCAGAAGCUACUGGAACAAAGGAAAAAGUGUACACUGACGCAGAGAUAAAGCAAGAGUUUGACAAGACAGCUGUGAGCAUAUCGGUAGGACGCUACUCAGGAAAAUCAGUUUCUCUAUGGGACUUGAUUCACUCUGGGUACUUUACUGAGGAUCAGCAGCUUGCAUUCUUUGAAAAAUACAGAACAAGGAAGAUUACCACCCAAACUAUAAUCACAUCAGUGAUUACCACCAUUGAAAAAUUGGAGAAGAGAGAAAUUCCCAAAACAAUAAUGGGUCUGAGAAAACUGGUCUCUGCACAACAACUACUGGAUUCUGAUAUCAUUGAAGAAGAUACAUUCAAACAGGUGAAAGAAGGAACACUCACUCUUGAAGCAGUAAUCCAAAACGAAACUGUGAGAGGAUACCUGAAGGGAACCGGAAGCAUUGCUGGAAUUAAGGUUCAUCCAUCCCAGAAAGUAAUGAGCAUAUAUGAAGCAAAACAGGAAGAACUGUUGACACCUGGCGUUGCACUUGUACUGCUUGAAGCACAGGCUGCAACAGGAUGGGUCAUUGAUCCUCUCAAAAACAAGUUCUAUUGUGUUGAUGAGGCAGCAAGAGAGAAAGUUAUUGGGCCAGAUGUAUAUCAGAAACUUCUCUCAGCUGAACGAGCCGUCACUGGCUAUAAAGAUCCAUUCAACGAUGCAACAAUAUCACUGUUUGAAGCCAUGGAUGAAGAGCUGAUUCAAAGAAGUGAUGGCAUUCGUCUUCUUGAUGCACAGAUAGCAACUGGAGGAAUCAUUGACCCGAAUCACAGUCACAGGCUACCUGUUCAUGUUGCUAUUAAAAAGGGAUAUCUGAAUGAAGAAAUAAGCAAAACUCUGUUGAACUCCACUAAUGACGCAAAGGGAUUCUUGGACCCAAACACCAAAGAAAACCUCUCUUACCUUCAGCUGACAAAGAGAUGCGAGAAAGAUCCUGAAACUGGGCUACUUCUUCUACCCUUGUAUCAGGCGGAAUCCCAUGUAUUCCACACAGAUGAGCAAAUAGAGCUUGCAUUCAAAAACAAAACUAUUGUCAUGAAUGCAGGGAAAUUCAAAGACAAGGAUGUGACACUGUGGGAAGUGUUGCUCUCCGAAUACAUAUCAGAACAAAAAAGGGAACAGCUCAUACAACAAUACAAGACAAGAACCAUGACAAUAGAGGAGAUCAUUGAAAUACUCACAGUUAUCAUUACAGAGGUAUCUUCCAAAGAGAAAAAGUUCAAAGGACUAAGAAAGCAGGUCUCAGCCAGUGAGUUGUUUGAGUCAAAGAUUAUCACAAAGGAGCUUUUCACCCAGAUUAUACACGGGGAAGUAACUGAAGAGAAUGUUAACAAAAUGGAAUCAAUUCAGAAGUACCUUGGAGCUACAAACUGUAUAGCAGGUGUCAGAGUUGAAUCUACAAAGAAAGUUAUGAGCAUCUACGAAGCCAAAACCAAACGCCUGCUGACUCCUGGUACGUCUCUGAUUCUGCUGGAGGCUCAAGCUGCCACUGGCUUUGUCAUUGACCCGGUGAACAACAAGAAACUUUCCGUAGAGGACGCUGUGGCUCAAAAAGUGGUUGGCAAUGAGUGGAAAAAGAAACUGCUUUCAGCAGAAAGGGCAGUCACAGGAUACAAAGAUCCCUGGACUGGAGACACAAUUUCGUUGUUCCAGGCCUUGCAAAAAGAUCUCAUUGUGAAAGAUCAUGGAAUUCGUCUCCUUGAAGCACAAAUUGCCACCGGAGGCAUAAUUGACCCAGUGCACAGUCACAGAGUGCCUGUUCAGGUAGCGUACACAAGAGGUUACUUUGAUGUAGAAAUGAACCAGAUUCUGUCUGACCCUGAUGAUGACACCAAGGGCUUCUUUGACCCAAACACACAAGAGAACCUCACCUAUCUUCAGCUGGUUGAGAGGUGUGUCACAGAUCCCAUCACAGGCCUUAGCUUACUGGUGAUUGUGAAGAAAGGCGAGUUUUAUUUCUUUGUUGAUGAGGCAACAAAACUCAUUCUGAAAUCUACAACAACAACCAGUGCAGGAGGGAAAUACCAAGGAAUGACGGUGUCUCUUUGGGAUCUGCUCUACACCAGAUACAUCACUGAGGAGAAGAGGAGAGAGCUUGUGCAGCAGUACAAGUCUGGAUCGAUCACAAUCGAACGCUUCAUGGAAAUCAUCCUGACAAUCAUUGAGCAGCAGACCGAGACAAUCUCAUCGUCAUCAAUGGUCAUGUGCCAACCGCCAGUAACACAAGUGGACAGCAGCACAACAAAAUCUACCAUAACCACUACAGUCACAGAGACAACUGAUGUUCAAAACUUCCAUGGAAUCAGAAAGGAUGUCACUGCUUCCGAGUUGCUUGAAUCAAAAAUCAUCGAUGAUGACCUCUACAGAAAAAUUACCACCGGAAAAGUCACAGUGACAGAAGUAAGUGAAAUGGAGUCAGUACACAAGUACCUGGAAGGGACCAACAGCAUUGCAGGAGUGUACCUGCCAUCCACCAAGGAGACGCUGAGUGUCUAUCAAGCCAAAACCAAAUGUCUGCUGACUCCUGGUACUUCUCUGGUUCUGCUGGAGGCUCAAGCUGCCACUGGCUUUGUCAUUGACCCGGUGAACAACAAGAAACUUUCAGUAGAGGAAGCUGUAGCUCAAAAAGUGGUUGGCAGUGAGUGGGAAAAGAAACUGCUUUCAGCAGAAAGGGCAGUUACAGGAUACAAAGAUCCCCACACUGGAAACACAAUUUCGUUGUUCCAGGCCUUGCAAAAAGAUCUCAUUGUGAAAGAUCAUGGAAUUCGUCUCCUUGAAGCACAAAUUGCCACCGGAGGCAUAAUUGACCCAGUGCACAGUCACAGAGUGCCUGUUCAGGUAGCAUACACAAGAGGUUACUUUGAUGUAGAAAUGAACCAGAUUCUGUCUGACCCUGAUGAUGACACCAAGGGCUUCUUUGACCCAAACACACAAGAGAACCUCACCUAUCUUCAGCUGGUUGAGAGGUGUGUCACAGAUCCCAUCACAGGCCUUAGCUUACUGGUGAUUGUGAAGAAAGGCGAGUUUUAUUUCUUUGUUGAUGAGGCAACAAAACUCAUUCUGAAAUCUACAACAACAACCAGUGCAGGAGGGAAAUACCAAGGAAUGACGGUGUCUCUUUGGGAUCUGCUCUACACCAGAUACAUCACUGAGGAGAAGAGGAGAGAGCUUGUGCAGCAGUACAAGUCUGGAUCGAUCACAAUCGAACGCUUCAUGGAAAUCAUCCUGACAAUCAUUGAGCAGCAGACCGAGACAAUCUCAUCGUCAUCAAUGGUCAUGUGCCAACCACCAAUAACAAAAGUGGACAGCAGCACAACAAAAACUACCAUAACCACUACAGUCACAGAGACAACUGAUGUUCAAAACUUCCAUGGAAUCAGAAAGGAUGUCACUGCUUCCGAGUUGCUUGAAUCAAAAAUCAUCGAUGAUGACCUCUACAGAAAAAUUACCACCGGAAAAGUCACAGUGACAGAAGUAAGUGAAAUGGAGUCAGUACACAAGUACCUGGAAGGGACCAACAGCAUUGCAGGAGUGUACCUGCCAUCCACCAAAGAGACGCUGAGUGUCUAUCAAGCCAAAACCAAAUGUCUGCUGACUCCUGGUACUUCUCUGGUUCUGCUGGAGGCUCAAGCUGCCACUGGCUUUGUCAUUGACCCGGUGAACAACAAGAAACUUUCAGUAGAGGAAGCUGUAGCUCAAAAAGUGGUUGGCAGUGAGUGGGAAAAGAAACUGCUUUCAGCAGAAAGGGCAGUUACAGGAUACAAAGAUCCCCACACUGGAAACACAAUUUCGUUGUUCCAGGCCUUGCAAAAAGAUCUCAUUGUGAAAGAUCAUGGAAUUCGUCUCCUUGAAGCACAAAUUGCCACCGGAGGCAUAAUUGACCCAGUGCACAGUCACAGAGUGCCUGUUCAGGUAGCAUACACAAGAGGUUACUUUGAUGUAGAAAUGAACCAGAUUCUGUCUGACCCUGAUGAUGACACCAAGGGCUUCUUUGACCCAAACACACAAGAGAACCUCACCUAUCUUCAGCUGGUUGAGAGGUGUGUCACAGAUCCCAUCACAGGCCUUAGCUUACUGGUGAUUGUGAAGAAAGGCGAGUUUUAUUUCUUUGUUGAUGAGGCAACAAAACUCAUUCUGAAAUCUACAACAACAACCAGUGCAGGAGGGAAAUACCAAGGAAUGACGGUGUCUCUUUGGGAUCUGCUCUACACCAGAUACAUCACUGAGGAGAAGAGGAGAGAGCUUGUGCAGCAGUACAAGUCUGGAUCGAUCACAAUCGAACGCUUCAUGGAAAUCAUCCUGACAAUCAUUGAGCAGCAGACCGAGACAAUCUCAUCGUCAUCAAUGGUCAUGUGCCAACCGCCAGUAACACAAGUGGACAGCAGCACAACAAAAUCUACCAUAACCACUACAGUCACAGAGACAACUGAUGUUCAAAACUUCCAUGGAAUCAGAAAGGAUGUCACUGCUUCCGAGUUGCUUGAAUCAAAAAUCAUCGAUGAUGACCUCUACAGAAAAAUUACCACCGGAAAAGUCACAGUGACAGAAGUAAGUGAAAUGGAGUCAGUACACAAGUACCUGGAAGGGACCAACAGCAUUGCAGGAGUGUACCUGCCAUCCACCAAGGAGACGCUGAGUGUCUAUCAAGCCAAAACCAAAUGUCUGCUGACUCCUGGUACUUCUCUGGUUCUGCUGGAGGCUCAAGCUGCCACUGGCUUUGUCAUUGACCCGGUGAACAACAAGAAACUUUCAGUAGAGGAAGCUGUAGCUCAAAAAGUGGUUGGCAGUGAGUGGGAAAAGAAACUGCUUUCAGCAGAAAGGGCAGUUACAGGAUACAAAGAUCCCCACACUGGAAACACAAUUUCGUUGUUCCAGGCCUUGCAAAAAGAUCUCAUUGUGAAAGAUCAUGGAAUUCGUCUCCUUGAAGCACAAAUUGCCACCGGAGGCAUAAUUGACCCAGUGCACAGUCACAGAGUGCCUGUUCAGGUAGCGUACACAAGAGGUUACUUUGAUGUAGAAAUGAACCAGAUUCUGUCUGACCCUGAUGAUGACACCAAGGGCUUCUUUGACCCAAACACACAAGAGAACCUCACCUAUCUUCAGCUGGUUGAGAGGUGUGUCACAGAUCCCAUCACAGGCCUUAGCUUACUGGUGAUUGUGAAGAAAGGCGAGUUUUAUUUCUUUGUUGAUGAGGCAACAAAACUCAUUCUGAAAUCUACAACAACAACCAGUGCAGGAGGGAAAUACCAAGGAAUGACGGUGUCUCUUUGGGAUCUGCUCUACACCAGAUACAUCACUGAGGAGAAGAGGAGAGAGCUUGUGCAGCAGUACAAGUCUGGAUCGAUCACAAUCGAACGCUUCAUGGAAAUCAUCCUGACAAUCAUUGAGCAGCAGACCGAGACAAUCUCAUCGUCAUCAAUGGUCAUGUGCCAACCGCCAGUAACACAAGUGGACAGCAGCACAACAAAAUCUACCAUAACCACUACAGUCACAGAGACAACUGAUGUUCAAAACUUCCAUGGAAUCAGAAAGGAUGUCACUGCUUCCGAGUUGCUUGAAUCAAAAAUCAUCGAUGAUGACCUCUACAGAAAAAUUACCACCGGAAAAGUCACAGUGACAGAAGUAAGUGAAAUGGAGUCAGUACACAAGUACCUGGAAGGGACCAACAGCAUUGCAGGAGUGUACCUGCCAUCCACCAAGGAGACGCUGAGUGUCUAUCAAGCCAAAACCAAAUGUCUGCUGACUCCUGGUACUUCUCUGGUUCUGCUGGAGGCUCAAGCUGCCACUGGCUUUGUCAUUGACCCGGUGAACAACAAGAAACUUUCAGUAGAGGAAGCUGUAGCUCAAAAAGUGGUUGGCAGUGAGUGGGAAAAGAAACUGCUUUCAGCAGAAAGGGCAGUUACAGGAUACAAAGAUCCCCACACUGGAAACACAAUUUCGUUGUUCCAGGCCUUGCAAAAAGAUCUCAUUGUGAAAGAUCAUGGAAUUCGUCUCCUUGAAGCACAAAUUGCCACCGGAGGCAUAAUUGACCCAGUGCACAGUCACAGAGUGCCUGUUCAGGUAGCGUACACAAGAGGUUACUUUGAUGUAGAAAUGAACAAGAUUCUGUCUGACCCUGAUGAUGACACCAAGGGCUUCUUUGACCCCAACACACAAGAGAACCUCACCUAUCUUCAGCUGGUCGAAAGGUGCAUCAUAGAUCCCAUCACCGGCCUCAGUUUACUCCCCUUGCACAAGUGAAAGAAAGAAAAGCUUUUCAUAAGCCUUUGCUCGUUUUUUGCCAGCAUUAUCCUAUUUUCUUUCUUUGUAGUUUACUCGUAAUUGCAGUACUAUUUCUUCUUUUAGUCACAAAAUGCAUGUUUAAAAAAAAAAAAAUGCAUUUUAGGUUGUUAACGAAACCUUAGAAAAAAAAUAAUAUACAUGUAUACUGUACUGUGCUGAAUACUGUUAGUGUUUAUGGUUGAAAAAGAGAGCUAGAAAUGGAUUAAAGAAAUUGGUCUAUUCUAUUAUAGGAAAAGGUGAUUUGGUUACAAGUUUUGAUCACCAUGUGCAAUGUAGACCUUUUGAGCUAAUUGUAAUUUAGCCAUUAUUAAACACCCUAAAAUGAACUCAAUCUGGAAAAAUUGAGAAUGGAUAGACUCAAAACCUCACAGUAUGUGCAGAAAUGGUCUCAUUUCUAAUAACCAUGUUAAAAUUCUAUAUACAAUGCUUUUAGUUAUACACGUCAAAUGUCUGCUGUGAAAAAAAAAGACUAGUGAACUUACAUGAGUUAACACUGAAAAAAUACAGUAUAUGUGUGGCCUCUGUCUUUUCCUUGUUUUUAGGGUAUUUGUAGUUUCUUAAUUCUGAUCUUCUUUGACUACAUACAUGGCUGUAACUGGGGUAUCAACUUUUUUUUAGGAUUUGCUACUUAUUUUCCCUGUUUUGUCAUGUUAUUUGUGGAAUGUAUGGAUUUGAUUGUUUUUAAACUAAUGUAGGGUUCAGCUGAGCACACUUUAACUUAGCCUAUAGAAGCUUGACUUGGUUAUGUAUUACAUCAUUUAGGGAAAAGCUUUUCUUUCUGAAAUCUUUUGUUUCUUAAGUAAACUUUGCUUUGACCUCACCUGCAAGCCAACCAUGCACUUAUUGUUUUUGUAUUAAUGUAAAACAUGCUCAAACUGUUUGUGUGGCCCAAUAAACAAGUGAGAUAUGAAUA